GGAGGAAGAUGAGAGGAACGAUUGCAUUCCGAUUAGAAAGACCGAUGGAUUUGGAUGUUGAUGUCAUGUUAAAGAUGGGCAAUAUGAUAUGAGCUAGGCAACGAGGUCUUGGUUAUGGUCGCCUGUGUCUACCUUCAGCCUGUGGCUUUCAUAUCCCACUCAUUGAUCUGAAUAGCUACUGGCUCCACAAGCGGAGAUUCGUGAAUAAUCGCCAAGCAGAGAUCCUUUUCACCGAGCCCAUGUAUUGUCCGUGGCUGUUUACAACUACGAUUCUGAAGAAUUAAAUGAGUAUUCUCCGGUUUUACCCUUGAUGUUCCCAAACGAACAGCGGGUUAGAGGUGGGAGCGAGACGCGGAGCAAUAGCGAGACACGGCUGAUGCUCGGAGUCGGAGACAACAGCGGCCGUGGUUCGGGCAGCUGUGGAAGAGGAGGAGGCGGUGGUACCCACAUCGCGGCAAAGAGAGCGGUGUUUAUUGUCUGGGUUCUAGCUCUGCGCAGCGAGCGAGAGGCGCGUCGUUGAGGCAUGGGCUGCGCUCCCAGUAUCCACGUCUCUCAGAGCGGGGUGAUAUACUGCCGAGACUCCGACGAGUCCAAUUCCCCACACCAGACCACCACCAUCUCGCAGGGCACAGCAGCAACUCUACACGGACUCUUCAUCAAGACCGAUGCAGCUGACACCAUUCCCUCGGUAAUCACCUACCAAAAUAGGCUUUCACGGACAAAUUCCCACCGGGAUCGAAGGGAGAACAGCGGUGGACACUUCUGCAUUGAGGCCGAAACUCAGACCAACCACACCAGCGUCAAGGUCUCGGCCACAGAGGAAUGUGUAGGUCCAAUGCGUCUCACCCAGGAGCCCAUACAGGUCCUGCUGGUGUUCGCCAAGGAGGACAGCCAGAGCGACGCCUUCUGGUGGGCCUGCGACCGCGCCGGCUUCAGGUGCAACAUCGCCCGCACCCCCGAGUCGGCCCUCGAGUGCUUCCUGGACAAGAGCCACGAGAUCGUGGUGAUCGACGGACGCCAUUCUCGCUACUUCGAGGCGGAGGCCGUCUGUCGGUGAGGCCUUCGCUUACUGCCCUCAUCCCUCCACACAGUCACGUAUUGUGUUUUCAUGCGACCCGAUCGCUAGCAGGCUAGCAGGAGGGUUAGCAUGUCUUGUCUGAGCUCAGGGUUCGUCGCUCGUAGGUAUGUGGAGAACUGCACUGUGUCUGCCUGCUAUAACGAACUCAUACAGAUAGAACACGGAGAGGUGCGCUGUCAGUUCAAACUCAGGGCGUGUAACUCUGUCUUUACCGCUCUGGAGCACUGUCAGGAAGCUGUGGAGAUCACCAGCGAGGACCACGUGAUACAGUACGUCAACCCGGCGUUUGAGCGUAUGAUGGGCUACCACAAGGGGGAGCUGAUUGGGAAGGAGCUGACAGCUCCCAAGAGUGAGAGGAACCGAGCUGACCUCCUGGACACCAUCAACACCUGCAUCAAGAAAGGAAAGGAAUGGCAAGGGAUCUACUACGCCCGGAGGAAGUCGGGAGACAGCAUCCAACAGCACGUGAAGAUCACCCCCGUCAUUGGCCAGGGAGGGAAGAUCCGCCAUUUUGUGUCUAUCAAGCGGCCCCACAGUGACAACAACAAACAGGUGCACAAGAUCAACCGAGAGGAGAGAGUGAGUGGAGAGCAUUCCCAGACAGAGGGACACUCCCUGCGUCACCGGGACCGGAGGAAAGAGUCUCUGGACGCCAGGUCCAUCUGCUCCCGAAGCAGCGACGCCCCCAGCUUGCAGAAUCGGAGAUAUUCAUCCGUAGCCAGGAUCCACUCCAUGACCAUCGAGGCUCCUAUCACAAAGGUGAUCAACAUUAUCAACACAGCCCAGGAGAGCAGUCCGGUGACGGUGGCCGAGGCGCUGGACCGCGUCCUGGAGAUCCUCAGGACCACCGAGCUCUACUCCCCCCAGCUGGCCUCCAAGGAGGAUGACCCCCACACCAACGACCUGGUCGGGGGGCUGAUGAGCGACGGUUUGAGGAGGCUGUCUGGGAACGAGUACGUGUUCUCCAAAAGCUCGCUCCAAAAUAUGAGCCAGAGCCAGCUGGCCAUCCCCGUCACCCUGAACGACAUCCCCCCGUCUAUCGCCGCCCUGCUGGAUGACGAGGAACACUGGGACUUCAACAUCCUGGAGCUGGAAGCUGCCACACACAAGAGGCCUCUCACCUACCUGGGGCUGAAGAUCUUCACGGGCUUCGGGGUGUGCGAGUUCCUCAGCUGCACGGAGGCCACGCUGCGCUCCUGGCUGCAGGUGAUCGAGGCCAACUACCACGCCUCCAACUCCUACCACAACUCCAGCCAUGCUGCCGAUGUGCUGCACGCCACCGCGUACUUCCUCCGCAAGGAGAGGGUCAAAAGCAGCCUGGACCAGCUGGAUGAGGUGGCUGCGUUGAUAGCGGCUACGGUACACGACGUGGACCACCCCGGGAGGACUAACUCCUUCCUGUGCAACGCAGGAAGUGAGCUGGCCGUCUUGUACAACGACACGGCGGUGUUGGAGAGCCACCACGCCGCCCUGGCCUUCCAGCUCACCGUGAAAGACGGCAAGAACAACAUCUUCAAGAACAUAGACAGGACUCAGUUCCGGACCCUGCGACAGGCCAUCAUAGACAUGGUGCUGGCCACAGAGAUGACUCGUCACUUUGAGCACGUCAACAAGUUUGUCAACAGCAUCAACAAGCCCAUGGCUGCCAUCGAAGAGUCCAGCUCCAACAGUGAGGGGAGUGACAGCGAGGGCCAGGCAAGCAUCCGGAACUCUCCGGAGAACCGCCUGCUGAUUAAGAGGAUGAUGAUCAAGUGUGCUGACGUGGCCAACCCGUGCCGCCCGCUGGAGCUGUGCAUCGAGUGGGCGGGCCGCAUCUCGGAGGAGUACUUUGCUCAGACAGAUGAGGAGAAGAGACAGGGUCUGCCUGUGGUGAUGCCGGUGUUUGACAGAAACACCUGCAGCGUGCCCAAGUCUCAGAUCUCCUUCAUCGACUACUUCAUCACCGACAUGUUCGACGCCUGGGAUGCCUUCGCCAGUCUGCCCAGUCUAAUGGAGCACCUGUCGGAGAACUACAAGUACUGGAAGAGCUUGGACGAGAUGAAAUGCAAGAGCCUGCGCCCCCCACCUCCACCAUGAGCCCCCCCCCCCACCCCCCCCCCAUCCCCCCCCCCUCCCACUUCCCUCCCUCUCCUCUCUCCAGUCAGGGGAGGCGGGAGGGACGAGGGGGUGUGUGUGUGUGAAUGUAGCAGGUGCCGGUACUCCCGCAUUCUGAUCCUACGGACGCUCCUAUCCCAGGAUUCCCGGAACCUGGAGCCAGGGCGCCCCGAGCAGGAGUCAGGAGAACAGGCCAGACCUGCGCCCCAGAGACACGGACUCAGACUCACCACACGGUACUCCCCAGCACCUCAGACCCCAGGCUGUUCCCUCCUGGUGUGG